CGAUUCAGUCAUCAAUUUUGUGUUCGCUGAGAUUUAGUAGCAAUUCAAAAAUUUACGAAAAAAUACGAUUUUGAGCGAACUUAUUUUGUUAGAAAUGUUUUUCAAAAUACGCACCGCUUCAAAAAUACGAAGCUAAUAUUGUCGAGAAGGCUUUAAAGUGCAUUAAUCACAUACACAAACGGGCAUAAACGCAGCGAUUACGUAUAAACUCCAAACGAUAAUUUCGUAUCAUAACGUACCGAAAUCGAGAUAUACUGCGUACGUGACGAAAGUGAAUCAAAUAGAAAUUACAAGCAAUAACACCGUCUGCGUAUAAAAUAAGUGUAAUAUUAAACACAGCUCGAAAAAUCAAAACAAAGCAGAAGCUACACUAAACAUAGCGCUGAAGUAAUUCUGGAAGUCAGCAGCUGGCAAGUGAAUUUUUAUAGAGAAGUUAUCGAAUUUUACGUAUCGAGCCUUAAAAUGGCAACAAACAGUUUAAAAUCAUAUAUAGUUUCUAAAUACGAAGGUUUAUGCAAUUAUAUGGAGCGUGACACAAUUGGGACACAAGCUGCUAUAUACGGUACAUCAGGUCUAAUGCUACUGAUUGCCUAUAUUAAACGCAAACCGGCAUAUUUAGUGCGUCCUUUCAAAAAACCUUCUCAUAUCCCCGAGAAGUUGAUAAAUGAACGUAUUAUGCACACUGGUCUAAUACGUGAUAUACAAGUGAAAGAUCAGGAUACUAUAUUGCUCAUCAGCCAUAGACCAUUAAUACCGAUAUUCGCUAGCAAGGAUAGAGUACUACCCGUUAAAUUGCCCGGCAUACGAGUGAAUGGCAAUGGCGUAUCAUGGUUACAAUCAUGUAUAGUCGGCCGUCGUGCCACUUUCUUACCACUGGCUAAAAGUAAAAGUGAUGAUUUUGUUGUUAGUCAACUGUGUCUGGUACACCCCCCAAAAGGUGGACGUCUCAUCGACAUAUCCGAAACAUUAUUGAAAUUAUGUUUCGCACGCUUUGCGCCGGAUGAGGCUGCAGCAGUGAAGCGUAAUGCAAAAUACUAUGCACAUCUGAAGAAAGUGGAGGCGAGCGCACUGACAAAACAAUCUUGGUUAUAUUGGUUAGCCAGACAUCCAUCACUGUGGACUAUGCUGCGUGAUGCAAAGGCUAAAGUUUUUUCGCGUAAGACUUUAUUGCCGGAGCUAGUACGUUAAGCAGUGAGUGGCACGUAUAAUGUACCCACUGACUUUACAAAAGUUUCUGAAAAGUUAACAGCGAAGGCAGCUGGCAUAACGUACAUAACUUGAAACGCAGUGAGGAAAGUCUGCAAAUUUUAUGAAUUUUGAUUGUGUACUUCAAAAUAGAAAACAUUGCGUUUUUUAGUGUUUAGAAAUUUUAAGUGCCUAUUUUUUUAUUAUUGCUUGCAUUUUUUUUUUGCAAUUUUUGUUAAAUGAAUUUGCCUUACAUUUACGACAUUGUAUGUAUUUAUAUUUGCGCCACUCACAAUCUGGCGCCACUUUAAUGUCAAUAAAUAUCGUUUAUAAAACGGUAAAAAAUAUUAUUUAAA